AUGCAUCUCCUCGCUCUCGCUUCACUGGCCAUGGCCGUUGUCGCUAAGUCUGACCUGGCUGCCCUGAUUUCCUCACAGGACGACCUCUCAACCCUGGCGUCUCUCCUAGCGUUGGUUCCAGACAUCGCCGAGGCCCUUGCUUCUGCCAGCAACAUUACCAUCUUUGCACCCACCAACAAAGCUUUUAACUCUGUCCCCAGAGACAUUCCCGAGGGUGAAGCCAUCGAGUUUAAAAACGACAGCGUCGCCAUUGGCGCUUUGCUGUCUAACCACGUCUUCCAAGGAUACUAUCCUGCCGAAGCCGUCACCAACAAGCCCAUGUUUGUGCAGACGCUGCUCGACGCCACUUUUGUCAAUCAACGUCAGCCUUUCGGUAACUUUACGGGUGGCCAAUACAAUGGCAUCGUCAAAGACGGCGGCGACAUCGUUGUCAUCUCAGGCGAGGAAACCCUUUCCUACGUGACCGAAGCAGACAUUAAACUCGGCGAUACUGUCAUCAUACAUAAGAUCGACAAGCCCCUGAGUUUUGGCGCCCCUCUCCAGCUCUUCACUCGUCGUGACGGCCUCCUCAAGUUCAACGCCGCUCUCACCGCUGCCGACCUCCCAUAUAACUUUGGGAACAUCGGAUAUGACUCAGCCGACAAGUUGAACAUAUCUGAUUUUACAGUCUUUGUGUCCAACGAUGCUGCUUUUGAGUCGAUUGGCUCUGUGCUAGAGGGUGCCGAUCUGGAGACCUUGAAGGAGGUCUUGACCUACCACAUCAUCGACGACGUUGUUUUCUCGACGGAACUGGCCAACGUGACCUUGCCAAGUCUUCAGGGCGCCAACUUGACAUUUACAGUGGCCGAGGAUGGGACCGCAUGGGUAAAUGGCGCAAGGAUUGUCUUUACUAAUGUCCUACUGUUCAACGGUGUCGCCCAUGUUAUUGAUGGUGUCCUCAACCCCGGAGACGCCUCUUUUGACAGGGCGGCCGUCGAACCAGCUGCUGAUCCCACCGAUCGUCUCGCCUUCCCGGAUGCCUCACCUGCAUCCGUUUUUCCUUUCUCAACUGUGAGCUACGAUACGGAUGACGUAUCCUACACGACUCCUGAAUUGCUGCGAACCCUGUCUGCAGUGGAUGCCAAUGCCGCUGUGACAGUUACAACCACAGAAGAGAUCUCGACGCCAACUGGAAUAGCCACAACUGUGCCUACUGCUGGGGGUUCUAAGCUUCUAGCUGGAGGAGCAAGCUUGAUGGUCCUAUUUGUGUCUAUUCUCAUCAUCUAACAGGCUUGAGGUGCAUCAUAACGCAGGAGACAACAAUAGUUUGACUUCGUCUUAUGAGGGUAGGGUUUGGGUUGCCUGAUGCAAUAGGACAUAUUGAAUGCGGGGUUGUCUUCCCGACAUAGCUCUC